CUCUUUUAUCACCCCACCCCCACCCCAACUCGCUCUCUUUCAUCCACCGCCUCAACAAAAUCCCCUGUCCUUCCGGCUACGGAAUCUUCCGAGACACAGGCAACAGCCGUUUUAUCCUCCCUUCAUAGUUUUCACCGGUGUCUCCGUCUCCGAUCCCCUUACGUCCUCCCUUGAUGAGCCUCCGCUCACCCCUCCGCAACCAGGGUUUUGGUUUUAUACCGAUUAGUUAGGUUUCCGAUCAGUCAUUCGAAAAACGUUGCGCGUCUUUGUUUCUCUCUUCUCUGUUAGGGCUUUUUAAGCGUAGGACGCCCUAUGGCUCCUGGGCGGAAACGUGGAGGAGCAAAAGGAGCCAAAACAAAGAGUCAGUUAAAUUUGGGCGAUCUUGUUCUCGCUAAGGUCAAGGGUUUUCCUGCAUGGCCUGCCAAGGCUGUGGAGGGUGGUAUACUUCUGGAUUUUAUUUUGGUGAUCAGCAGACCUGAAGAUUGGAAACGAGCUCCUGAUCCGAAGAAAUAUUUUGUACAGUUCUUUGGUACCGAAGAAAUAGCUUUUGUAGCUCCAAUCGAUAUUCAACCAUUCACCAGCGAGUCAAAAAGCAAAUUACUGGAUAGAUGUAAAGGAAAAACAGUCAAAUACUUUUCCCAAGCCGUGAAGGAAAUUUGUAGCAUAUUUGAAGAUUCGCAGAAUAAGAGUUCAGAUUCUAUAAAAGAAGAUAAUGAUGGACAGAGUUUUCAGCCUGAUACCAAUUCUACAGAGAUGGUAGAUGAUGGAAUGACUGGUGAUGGACCCAAUGGCGAAACAUCUUUUAAUGAUACUGCAAAUCAUGCCCCUGGAUUAGAACGGUGCUCUCAUAUAAACAGGGAAAUGGAAUAUGAGGAUGUGAAGCCUAGUGUCUCACCUAAUGUUAAUGAUUGUUCUCCAUCUGCUGUUUCCACCAAAAGAAGAAUUGAACUUUGCAAUGAUGAGGUAACUUCACCCAAGAAGGAGAGUACAUCCACGUCUAGUCAUAGUAAAAAUCCAACAUCUGGACUGAAGGUAGAAACAAAUGGGCAGAAGUCGAAUAGGAUUGAAAGAGCUCCAAAGAAAAAACACGAUGAUGAUGAUGAUGAUGAUGAUGAUGGAAUAAACAAAAUGAAUAGUCCAGCAGGUGUCAGUUCCUCUGUUCAGACCAGUCAUCUUGAAUCCACUGUCACUGAGAACUCAAUACGGAGAAUUUCCUCGCAUGGGAUCAAGAAUGAAGAAAACCCAGAAUUUGGUGAUAACAUUAAAAAAACAAAAAAAGUAUUUAAAGUCAAAACAAAUCUUGGGGUGGCUAAUAAUAUAUCAAAGGAUGUUGAAGGAGAACCUAUAGAGCGAAACAACACUGAACUUACUGGAAGGAAAAUCAAGUCUGAGCCUGGGGGAGGGAAAGAUAAUCUUGUUAAUAAUGGAGUUUUGCAUCCUACAAAAAGGUCCAAGUGCACGGAUGAAACCCCAAAGAAGUCUCAAACAUACAGGAAAAACGACCUUUCUGGCAAAGGAGGCAAUGAAGAAGUCAAAAAGUCAACACCUAGUUUGAAAAUGAAAAACCGUUUGGCAUCCAAGGGGCAGACAAAUGGAGUUGAUGGUGAUGAAGAUGUUCUACCACCUACAAAACGCCGUAAGCAGGUGGUGGAGUCCAUGUCUGGUGCUGAAAACUCUACACCUAGAAAGGGGGAAAGUUCUGAUGCUGCUAAACCUGUUUCGACUCAAGUUUCCUUGAAGAGGAGAGCUGUGCGCAUCUUUGAUGAUGAUGAAGAUGAGCCAAAGACGCCUGUGCAUGGAAGGUCAACUAAAGGAGUUGAUGGAGUCUCACAUAUUCCAGUACCUGUUGAUGAAGUUGCUGCAAUGACUGAAGCUAUUCAAGAUCCUCCUAUUGUCAAAAACUUAAAGCUUUUGUCACCUACUUCUCUGCAACAUAAUACAGGAAUAGUUGAGGGGCAGUUCCGUCAUACUCCUGAGAAAGCAGAAUCUGAAAAGAAACCAUCUGAAGAGGCUCUAAAGGUUUUGGUCUCUCCUGUCAAGUCGCCGAUGGUAGAAUCUCUAAAAGCAACCAAGUCCUUGGUCUCUCCAGUCAAGUCGCCCAUGGUAGAAUCUCUUAAAACAAGCAAGUCCGUGGUCUCUCCUGUCAAGUCGCCUAUGGUAGACUCUCUUAAAAGAAGCAAGUCCUUGGCCUCUCCUAUGAAAUCGCCUAUGGUAGAAUCUCUGAAAGCAAACAAGUCCUUAGGCAAGGUUUCUGGAAAUGUUCCUCAAAACAAGAAAGUUCAAGCAGGGCCUUUUAAGGCUUCAAGUGGGAUUUCUGAUCGUUCUCAGAAUAAUGCAGUAAAUGAGAGAAGUAGGCCUGUUGUUUCCGGUGAGAAGCAGAAAUCUAACCGAAAAUCAACUUCACGGGUGACUGAUUCUGCAGCUGUUUUGAGGAAACCUAAUGAUAGCAACUUGCUAUCUAGCGAAAGGUUGGAAUUUGGUGAUUCAAGAAGUGCAGAAUCAAGUAAGUCCAUGAAGCAUCUGAUUGCAGUUGCCCAGGCAAAAAGGAAACAAGCUCAAUCACAAAACCAUGGGCACGAUGGUCUUAAUUAUACACAUGUUGCAACCACGGAAGCAAGUGUGAGGAGUCCUGGUUCUGUUUCUGGUGUUCAGCCCAUCCCACCAGGGCCUGGAAUUGUGGUUCAACCGGAUGAUCAGCCGGAUUCUGCAGAGUUUGAGGAGACAAGGACAAGUUCAGGACAUCGGGGGUCUCUUAGUGGUGGAACCGAGGCAGCUGUUGCCCGUGAUGCUUUUGAAGGAAUGAUAGAAACACUAUCAAGAACAAAAGAAAGCAUUGGCCGUGCAACACGCCAUGCAAUUGACUGUGCAAAACAUGGCAUUGCCAAUGAGGUUGUGGAACUUCUUACUCGCAAGUUGGAAAAUGAAUCCAGCUUUCAUCGAAGAGUGGAUCUCUUCUUUUUGGUGGAUUCCAUUACUCAGUGCUCACAUUCACAGAAAGGCAUUGCUGGAGCCUCUUAUAUUCCUACUGUUCAAGCAGCAUUGCCACGUCUUUUAGGAGCUGCUGCUCCACCAGGUGCCAGUGCUCGCGAGAAUCGUCGUCAAUGCCUUAAGGUUCUAAAAUUGUGGCUUGAAAGGAAAAUUUUACCUGAUACUUUACUUCGAAGCUACAUAGAGGACAUUGGAGCUUCAAAUGAUGAUGCUUCUGCUGGUUUCUUCUCCAAGCGUCCGUCUCGAUCUGAACGGGCUGUGGAUGAUCCGAUUAGGGAGAUGGAGGGCAUGCUUGUUGAUGAAUAUGGGAGCAAUGCGACGUUUCAAUUGCCUGGUUUUCUGUCGACGAAUGUCUUUGAAGAGGACGACGACGAUGAUAUUUUAAACUUUUCACAUAAAGAAAGCACCGAUAAAUCAACACCAGUGGUAAGCCCGGGCACAGGGGAACUUGAAACAUGUUCAGUAACCCCAAAUGACAGACGCCACUGUAUCUUGGAGGAUGUGGAUGGCGAACUUGAAAUGGAAGAUGUAUCUGGACAUCCGAAAGAUGAUAAAUUCAUGACAGGUGGUGGUUACAAGGCUGUUCAACAGGAGGAAGGUGGCUCAGACAGGACAAUGGAUGCAGCCUCAAAUAAUUCCAAUGAGGUGUCCCCUUUUCGUGAGGGCUCCCCACCGCUGCCUCCUGAUUCUCCCCCUCCCACUCCCCCCUUGCCUUCUUCGCCACCACCACCUCUGUCACCCAUGGUGCCACCGCCUCCAUCCUCCCCUUCGCCUCCAUCACCACCCCCACCCCCGCCUCCUCCACCCCCACCUCCUUCACAAGCAUAUCCUCUUCCCCCACCACAAGCGCCGUUUCCUCAGCCAUCGUUUGGGGCUCGUCUCGGAGCUCAUGUUGAUGCUGCUGUCCGAGGUGAAAUGUUUCCCUUUGUGCCAGCUGUAGCCUCCAGUUCACGUGUAGAGUAUGUACAUGAAACAUAUACAAAUCCUCAGGCUUCUCAAUCAAACCAGCAGCUUCAGACUGCUAAUGUAGCUUUGCCUCCAAGAGCGUUUCAACCUCCCAUGUUGCCUCAGAAUGCUGCUGGUCAAUUUCAAUAUCCCAAGCCUGGAAUGCUGCAGCAUCCAUACCCACCUCUUUAUGGAUUAACAAAACCUCCUGAAGCCCCGAGGAGAUAUGGUGCUGAUGAACAAUGGAGACCGCCUUCAAAUGAGUUCAGCACUGAUAAUCAGCGUGGUGCAUGGAGGAUUUCACUAUCCUCGGGUCCUCCUUUUGCUCAGGAAGGCUAUUUUCGAGCACCUAUGGAGAGACCCCCAGGCCCAGCAAAUAAUGUUGGUUUUCAACCCACGGUUCCAGGUGGAGCUCCAAUUCCAGGCCAUAGUGGCCACCUUAAGAUAGAGCUGCAGCUAGGACAUGGAUACAUCAUCGUACAUGUAAUUUGUAGGUGGGUUGUCAUGACAUGACUCAUAAAGAUUGGAAGAUAUGGAUGCCUUUUUUCUGUUUGAUGGGAGGGAGUUGUGAUUUGUGAAGGAAGGGCAUUGCAGAUUGUAUAUUCUUCUAGUGUUUUCUCAUGACAAAUGCUUCCCGAACGAGUGUAAGCCCGCAUCAUUCAUUUCAUACUACUACUUCAUUCAACUAAUGUAAACUAGAAGAAGAUAUACUCUACUUACUACUACUCACUACUAUAUAAGUCAUUUAUCUUUACAACUAAAUGAGAGACUUAUAUUACUACAUCCCUUGCCAUCUCAGAUCAAAUACAAAUUCACUAUUCUUAUGCUCUGCUUCUGCUUCUUAACUCCUUUCUUACUUGUUAAUAACAUUAGCCCC